CUUGCGUAUCAGUCGGUCAGUCGCGGUUUGAAGCGUGCACGACACGGUCGCUUUGUCGUCGCACCUCCCAUUUAUUUAUACGCGACGUCAAUAACAUCGCGGAGUUUAACGAAAAUAUUUAUUUUUACAUAACAAAUGACUUGUAUUGAAAGUGCGUGGAAUUAAAAUAAACGAGUCAAUGGAUCACUUGCAUUCCGAACUUCAAGAAGUAACGACGAAGACAAAAGUGUCCCUAUAACUCCUAAAUAAGUUACAUAGUGUGAGCGAGACAGUAAAUAUAUUUAGAAAGUGACAACAAUAUCCGUGUUUCGGAGAAAGUGAAACCGCGUUUUGUGAGUGCUGAGUUAAGAUGACGCCUAGUCCAGAAGAUUUGAGUAUUUUGGGGGGCAAUAAUAAUGUUGUGCCCCUAUUGCCGCGACCUACUGUGGAAUUGGAGUUUAACAACAUAACGUGCAAUGUCAACGUGUUUAUUGCCAACAAACUACGAAUUGAAAACAAAGAGAUCUUGAAGGGAGUAUCAGGAUGCUUCAAGCCAGGACAGCUGACUGCCAUCAUGGGACCUUCUGGAGCCGGCAAGACUACACUCCUCAACAUUCUAGCUGGUUACUCAACCCGUGGUGCAAAAGGCGAGAUAUCCGUGAAUGGAAUAUGCGCCUGCGCCUCGAAGUCGACCGGCCGCGGAGGAGCGCGCUACAUCAGACAACAUGACGAUCUUCGUGAACAUCUGACAGUGUACGAAGCCAUGUCUCUUGCUGCUGCACUGAAACUGGCUGAUUUUAAUGCCCAUGAGAGGAAGGAAAAGGUUCACGAGAUCCUCGCCUUGUUAGGUUUGAGUAAUGCAUCACUAACCCUCUGCCGAGACCUGUCCGGAGGUCAGAGGAGGCGACUGGCUGUGGCCUUGGAACUACUCUCCGACCCCUCGCUCAUGUUCCUCGAUGAACCUACCACCGGCUUAGAUUCAUCAGCAUCAGCAUCUCUGAUAGCUCUGCUGAACAACCUCGCGAGGGGUGGGAGGACGCUCAUAGCCACCAUCCACCAGCCCUCAGCCCUCAUCUUCGAGAAGAUUGACACCGUGUACUGCUUGCAAGCAGGGAGGACGUUGUAUAAUGGACCCAGAAGCAGUUUGGUGCCAGCUCUAGCCAGUGCUGGGAUGACGUGUCCAGCGUACCAUAACCCUGCUGAUUUCUUAAUGGAAGUAGCAUCAGGGGAAUACGACGUGGAUUUGGUGAAAAGCGCUCAAAUUAUGAGCCGGUUUAAACCAGAUCUAACUGCUAAUGGCAACAGCAGUUGGGAAAGUCACAUUCCUACUAUACCUGCACUGCCCAGCCCUCUAGAUAUAAGAUCAGACUUGAAACAAAAGCAGUCGUUGCUGAGCCCAAACAGCUACAAACAGCGGAAACUAUCAAAGAAUAUUUACAGACAAUCUGGACUAUUGCGACAAACAUGGAUUCUUCUAUAUAGGAACUACUUAAUGACUACGAGAAACUAUUCGUUAUUCAUGUACCGUGUUGCUGCGCACGUGGUCAUCGCUCUAAUCUUCGGCUACCUGUACUUAGGGGUAGGCAGUGAAGCAGGCUCUGUGCUCGGCAACUACGUCUACCUAUAUGGAUCCAUGCUGCUUGUCGUUUACACUGGAAAAAUGUCUGUCACGUUAUCAUUUCCUUUAGAAAUGGAUAUUUUGCGAGGAGAGUACUUCAAUCGAUGGUACAACUUAGGACCGUACAUAGUAUCGAUACUAGCCGUGGAACUACCGUUUCAGAUGAUAUCAUGUGUGUCAUACGUGGUACUAUCUUACUGGCUGACUGACAACCCCUUGGAGCCUACGAGAGCAACCCUGUUCCUUGCCACUAUAGUAGCCACGUCACUAUGCGCACAGGCAUGGGGCUAUUUCAUCGGAUCCACUACUCCUACCAGGAUUGCUGUAUUCAUCGGUCCAGUCCUCGCGUGUUUGUUCUCAGUGUUUGGCUUCUGCCUGGCACUGGUGGACACUCCCUACCAAUUCCGCUGGCUCCAUCAUAUUUCAUACUUCAGAGCUGGAUUCCACGUUGCUGUGCAUUCUGUUUACGGAUUUAACAGGACUAGAAUGCAUUGCUCGAAAGAAUAUUGCCACUACAUCACACCAAAGACAUUCCUCAAAGAGAUGGACAUGGAAAACGUUGACAUUGGAGAAAAUAUGGCGCUGGUACUCUCAACGACAGUCCUCAUGCACGCUUUGACAGCUGCCGCUCUGUGGUACAGAUUAAACAAGAGAUGAACAGGGACUAGUUGAACGCCAUCUUGAAAUAUUGGAUUGGGUUUUUUAAUCUAUAAUAGUAUUAGUUUAGAUACCGCGGGGACAGAGUAAGCACGCUUCAACCUCAUCCUCACUAGAAACAUUUGUUAAGUGACAUGUGUCUCCGGAGAUAUCGGGCGAUGUCAAGCGAUGUCGGACGACAUCGCUGCGACAUUGUUGAAACUGUUCCUUGUCGCACAGUCGAUGUAGAUAAUUUUUGUUCUUGGUGGAUUAAACAAUUAAAUAUUAAUAUAAAUAAUAUAUAAUCCGUCCACACUCUAUCACUAAUCUUCAUUGACUGUGCGACAAGGAACAGUUUCAACAAUGUCGCAGCGAUGUCGUCUGAUGUCACAGGGGACACUUGUCGUUCGAAAAAUGUUCCUAGUGAGGACGAGGCUUAAACGUAUGACACUGACAAGUUGAUUCUUGUUCAUUCUGACGAAGCUAAUAUAAUGCUACUUAUCUUUUUGAAACUUUUUGUUGUUAGUAAAAUUUUAUAUUAAGCUCUUAUUCUCUGUUCACGCGGCCAAUAGUUCCCUAUUUAUUUAGUGAUAGCAAUGUACUUAGUUUAAUUUUAACUAUGAAAGAAAAGACAGGCGCUAGUAAAUUUGUGAUAUUUCAUUAGGUACUUACGAUUGUUUCUGACUAAUUUUUGUCGAGUAUUUUAUGACUUUGUGAUUAUUUUUGUUCGAAAUUGUUUUUUGACUAUAUUUCGGAAAUAUCCGAAUAACAACAGACCUGUAACAAAAUUGACAUCGAACAUUUAUGAUCACAAAGGUGUUUUUCAUACACGAAUACAUUUGAAUUUUCAAUUAUAAUGUCUUGCCUUAUUAAAUCACUUUGAGCUAAAUCUGUAAGUUAAUAAUACAGAUUAUUCUUUAUAUAUUAUAGAUCUGACUCCAUGACUGAUAAUAAUGAAUUUAUGUAACAAUGUCUUUACAAUAUUUUCCAUGUAAUAGUUGUUCUAUAACUUAGCAUUCUUUUGUUUACAUUUUUAUCUUAUUCUUAAUUUUCCAUAUUUUUUAUUAUUUAAAUCAUUACACUGAUAUCAUCUUUUUUUAAUUAUUCUCACACGAAUUAUAACUGAGCCACACUUGCCUAAAAUCAUAAAUAAAUAUAUAUUUUUAUAAUAAUCGUAAGCAAGUAUUAAAUCCAUUAUAUUUCGCGAUAUAAUGUGAAUUAUGUAGUAGGUAAAUUAUUUUUUUAUGUGAUAAUAAUUAUAUUUUAAAGGAAUUGUGUUAGAUUAAUUUAUAAUUACUUAGUAUUAAUUGAAUAGGUUUAUUUUAUGACAAAUUAAAACUUUGAAAUAUAGGGCGUAUACCUUACGAAAACAAUACCUACUGUUAAAUUUAAAAACAAAUUUGCGAGACAUGCUGCUGGUCACGGUUAUGAUAAACGAUAAAAAAUUUCCUAUACUCAAAAGUAAAUAACUUACAAUGCAUAAUUCUACGACAAUCCAAAGAGCAUUCUAAAGAUACAAGUACAAGAAUUUCUAUAAUAAGCAAUAAUAAGCAAAAUAUUUUUUUUUUUAUUAAUUUCCUUGUCACAAAACCAAUUUUCCUCAUAACAAUCGCAAAUUUGUUUUUACCUUUUAACAAACAAUUAAUAGAAACAUCAAAUUUGACCAAUCAGAUAGAGUUGGCCAUAAGAUAAAUAAGCCUACUAUGUAUAAUAUGAAACAAUGACUAAUAUUUCCGAAGAGUUUCCUAAGUACAUAUGAAUCAUAUUAUGUUUCAUAUAUCUAUGAUAUGAAUCUCAUAGUGAUCGGAGAUUUAGUGACUGAUAAAAUUGAAUGACAGCGAUUACCGAAUAAAUAAAAUGUAUCCAGUGA